AUGGUCAAUCCCGUUGCAGAGGCCCCCAGCUGCGUGAGAUGCAAGGACCCACUGGUUAUGGGCCAUGCAUAUGAAUUGGGCGGUGAUAGAUGGCAUACCCACUGUUUCUCGUGCUAUAAAUGUGAUAAGCCUUUGAGUUGCGACUCAAACUUUCUCGUUUUGGGCACCGGCGCUUUGAUCUGUUAUGCAUGCUCCGAUUCUUGCAGAAGUUGCGGGAAAAAAAUUGACGAUCUGGCAAUCAUUUUGGCCUCAUCAAAUGAAGCGUACUGUUCGGAUUGUUUUAAAUGCUGCAAAUGUGACGCUAAAAUAGACGACCUGCGGUACGCCAAGACAAAACGCGGGCUGUUUUGUAUAGCCUGUCACGAAAGGCUACUCGAAAAACGAAAAAACUAUGAGGAACGCAAACGACGGCAUAAGAAACAGCUUCCGCUAAUACCACCUGGCGGCAACAACGCCGAUUUGAGUUCGAACCCAGAAGAAUCAACCCCAUCGGAACCUGACUUUGUUAUACCAGCGCGUUCCAACCAGAGACCCAUGUCACCUAUUAAAAGUGCAGCAUUACAGAAUCCCUCAUUUCCCAAAGAGGCCACAUCAAUCGAUUCAUCUCCAAAGGACAAUCGUCCUCCCAUGUCGAGUACUUCGUCUCUGGCCGCACCAUUAGAUUUCUCUGCUGUUACAUCGGCGACCGGAGAAGCUCCUCCAAUGGGCGAAAAGCCUAAUGCAUCAGAUUUCACUACCAACAACAGCACCAUUCGCAGCAACUCUGAGAGCGUGGUAGCCCAAUUUCUCCUGGAUGGAGGUUAUGGUAGUACUGCGGAGGAAGAUUCCAUCAAGCAGGAGCAUACCAAGACAGAAGAUGGCAGCAAUAGUAUACAAGAGGCAGAACAGGCAGUUGCGGUAAGAACACCUAAAAAAACCCACAGAAGCCAACUUUCAAUUGAUGACAUGUUGCAACAUACUUUAGAGAACGAUGGGUACACAGAGAAUGAUAAUCAAGGACAAGAGGAACAGAGUUUGCUAGAUAUACCCAAAGAACAGAAGAAAGUUCUCCUGAAUCGGACGCCUUUGCGUAACUCCAAGGAAGAAUACAACGGCAGGUCUCCGAUCGCUCACCGACAGGGUCUAGUUUUGGAUGACGAGGAUGUUGUCAAUGCAUUAAACUCGCCGGCUCGGGUAGAUUCCUUAGAAACGUCUCCGAGGUCAGGAUUGGGAAUCAUUAAGGACCCAGAUUCGCAAUUUAGUUAUACCGACGACGAGGUUAUCGGUCUUUCGUAUGAUAAAGUGGCAUCUCAAGACAGCAGGCCCGAGACGGCAAGUUCCCAGGAAUCUCGAUCUCCAUCCAUUUUGGGCCAUCAACGUAAGACUUCAGGAGGAAGUGCCAGAAAGCUUGGCAGGUCACUCUCUUUGAGGUCUAAAAGCAUUAUGAUGAAUUUAAGACCCAAGACCAAAGAAACCACUCUAAAUGAAGGUGGUGAGCAUGACACGCAUUCUGGGUGGGGAGUCGCAGCGAAACCUACUACAGAUUCCUCUCCCGCCAAAGAGCGGGUGAGAACAAAACAUCCAAGCGACAGCACGGUGUACUCUCACGGUAUUGAAACGACGCAGCAUAAAAGAUCGAAUAGCAACACAAAUGGGGCUGUCUCGGUCUUUCGCACACCACCUUUGGACACGCAAGCCUCUUUUUCUAAAAGUGCUUCAUCGCAUCAUAGAAAUCCAUCUCUUGGUACUAGGCAGAUCGAGGAAGAAGAUGAAGAAUGCGGAGACACUCCCACCAAUGAUCAAUUUUUGAAAAAAGAUGUCUGGCAAAUGGAACUCACUCUGCGUCGCCUAAAGCUUGAAAUUAAUCAACUUGAAUCUACAAAAAGUCAACUUGUGAAUGAUGUUGAUUCCUUGAAAACAACCAAGUCGAAUUUACAAGAGGAGAUUAGUUCUCUCAAGGCAGAAAAGGGCAUAAAAAACACUUCUCUCGAGCCUGUUGAUUCCUAUGAGCGCGAGACUUCAGAUGAUAUACCGGAAAAACACGCUGCAACUGCAACUGUUGCAACUACUGGGAAGCCAAGGUUUUGGAAAAUUUUCUCUGGCAACAAACCGAACGGAAAUUAUGCCAACAUGUCAAACAAAUUGGAUAUAUCACCACCAGUACUCCAGAAUCCCAGCGAAUUCAACGACGUCAAGUUCAUGCCAGUACAAAACAGACAGAGGAGUUCGAUUUCGUCGCCACCGACUAAGGACGGGGAUCUCCUGUAUGGAUCGACAUUGAUUGCUCGCUGCGCUUAUGAAAAACACGACAUUCCGAUGAUAGUUGAUACAUGUAUCAAGCACAUCGAAUCGAGUGAAGAUUACUUGAAAAGCGAUGGACUUUACCGAAAAUCGGGCAGCCAAGUUCUAAUUGAACAGAUCGAAGCCGAUUUUGCACAGAGCAACCCAAAAGAAGGCCUUUCGAAAACUUUGCAAGCGGACUUACAUCAGGAUAUACACGCUGUUAGUGGUGUUUUGAAAAGAUACUUGCGCAAAUUGCCAAAUCCAGUUUUUUCGUUUCAAGUUUAUGAGCCACUAAUGGCGCUAGUCCGUGACAACAAUCUGGUUGCCAAACUACCGCUCAAGUCGUCUAGUGGUGACAAUUAUCAGGACUUGCUGAAGGACACAACGACACAGCUCAAAGCAAUUCUUGCCCUACUGCCACAGGAGCAUUACACGCUUCUGAAAUUUUUGACCGAGCAUAUCGAAAAGGUUUCUCGCUAUAGCGACGAGAACCUAAUGAAUUUACAUAACUUGUCCUUGGUGUUUACCCCGGGUCUGAUCCGCGACUAUAGUGGUGAGAAAGAUAUCUCCGAUAUGAGAGAGCGCAACUAUCUGGUAGCAUUUGUUUUGGCCAACCAACGCUCGCUUUUUUAA